AUGGAGGAUGUGACGGAGAAAAUCAAUGACUUUGAUAAGGAGAUUGUGGCGAACAUAGGAGGUAACAAUGAAGCGGUGGUUAAAGAUAGAAGGGAGGCUACCAAAGAGCUAUGGAAUUGUUUGAAUGUCAAAGAAAGCAUGCUUAGGCUAAAGUCCUGUAAUAUUUGGUUGAAGGAAGGGGAUAAGAACUCUAGAUUUUUCCAUAAUUCUAUAAAGGUGAGGCAAAGAGGCAAUGCUAUCACUUCUUUGGAGGGCAGCAAUGGUAGAGUGGAAGGUGUUGAAAAUAUUAAAGAGGAGGUUAAAAGAUAUUUUCUUAAUUUCUUUAAGGAGGAAGACCAAUCGAGACCGGUUCCGGAAGGCCUUGUUUCUAAUAGUUUGAAAGAGGGUGAUGUGGUUUGGUUGAGAGAAAGUUCACGGAAGAAUAAAUUAGAGAUGUGGUGUGGUCUUGUGAUGGAAACAAAAGUCCCAAUCCGGAUGGGAAGUAUGUACAAGAUUUUGGCAAAGUUGUUGGCGGCUAGAUUGAGAAGUAUGGUUGGGAAGUUAGUUUCGACUAUUCAAACGGCUUUUAUACCGGGGAGAAACAUUUCAGAUGGCGUUCUAGUUGUGAAUGAGGUGUUGGAUCUAAACAAAAGGAAGAAAAAAAGUUUAGUGGUGUUGAAAGUAGACUUUAAGAAGGCUUAUGAUAGAGUGAGUUGGAAUUUUGUUAUAUAUGUUUUAAAGAGAAUGGGGUUUGGUGAUCGUUGGAUGAGAUGA